AUAAGUUCCAGCCAGUUUGGCUUCGACUUUGACUUUGAGUUCUGUUUGUGCUGUCUGCAGACUGGAUGCUGUCAGGCUGAUUUUGGAAUUCCAUUGGCCACUACGCACGCCUCUUACUAGUUUGUAUGUUGCCACUAGCAGGUCGAGUAUAUCGCGAGUUUUCUCAGUCUACCUCCAGUCACCAUCAACCGACGAGAUCGAUCGAGGGAGGAGACAAACACUUCUGAAAUUCAAGAGAAAUUUGGCAAGCUGACUUUCGUAGUUGCUAACACACACGCAUCUAAGUCCUUGGAAGAAGAAUCACCACUAUAAGUACAGAUCACUUCCGUGCACACGGCGUGAUUGCCUAGCUACGAGCAGCUAGCAGGGGACACGGGGCCUCUAGUUGAUAGUUUGUAUAAGAAUAGUAGUCGUGGUGGUGUGCACGAGCAGUCAUCAUGCGCCCUGACUCUGUGAACAAGCGUUGGGUGUUCUUUAGCACGUUCCUUGGCUACGUGAUCUACACGUUAUCACGGCGUAGCUUCACGUACUCAAUGCCCGCCCUGAUGUCCAGUCUGAACUUGGAGAAGAGCCAGCUGGGAGUGAUCAGCAGCUCGUGGAGUUUGGCCUACGGCAUCUCAAAGUUUGCCGGCGGAGUGGCAUCGGAUCGGAUCAGCCCUAGCUGGCUAUAUUGCAUUGGCCUAGCUGCCAGCGGGAUAUCUUGUAUGGCAUUCUCAACGGCUAGCAGUGUGACCACGUUAGCUGCUGUAUGGUUUGUGAACGGUGUAUUCCAGGGGUUCGGCUGGCCAGCGAUCACACAGCUAGUGAACAACUGGUGCAGCGGCACGGAGCUAGCGUCAUGGUGGAGCGCCUUCUCAGCUGCGGGCAAUGUCGGCUUGACGCUAGCGCCUUUCAUCAUUACCGGUCUUGUCGGCGUGUACGGCUGGCGGACAAUGUUCUUCGGCGUGGGCUGUGUGUGCGUGGCCAUCUCCGCUGCUUUCCCGUAUCUGAUCCCCGAUGCACCGGUAUCGCCGCUCAGUCCCCGCUCGGAACGCUCAAAACAGGGUGCAGGGCCGUCCAGCUCCAGCCUGCUAGAGCUCUGCAGGAAUCACAUGAUACUGCUCGUGUCUGUAUCCUAUUUUCUAGUAUCGUUGAUCAAGGAAGGAUGGUCAAACUGGGGCCUACUCUAUCUCAUACAGAAUAAACAACUGGACAACAGUGUGGCUGGAAGUGUGAUGUUCCUGUUUGAAGCGGGCGGUGUGUGUGGUAGCUUGGUGACUGGUUUUGCAUCGGAUUAUCUUCUGCGAGUGUUGCAGUGGGAAAGCAGUGCAGUGGCGCGUAUACCCCUGACCAUGCUCUACGGUAUCUGGUCUGCCUGUGCCUACAUCCUCUUGCAUUGGAUAGCGGACUCACUGAUCCUUGUGUACAUCAGUGCAUUCAGCAUUGGCUGCAGUACGUACGGUAUUAUCUGCCUGCUGGGCGUCAUGUCACUGGAGGCAGCACCACGUUCCCUGGCCGGAGCAGCACACGCUGUCACGGCGUUGGCUGGACAGAUGGGUGGCUUGUCGGCUGGCUUCCCGCUGGGCUGGAUAGCAACGCACUACCAGUGGAGCGGCGCCGGCAAUGUCUUGAUGCUCACCGCCCUGUCCAUUCCCGUACUACUAGCACUGGCCUACACUGCCUUUGCCACCACCACGGCGGCAACAGCUAAACCACCGGCCAAGAAAGCAUAGCAUGAGUAUGGGUGUGAUGAUACGAUGGAUAGCAGCAGAAUAUCGUACAGCAAGCUACUGGAUUGCGCUGUCUGUGCGCUUCCCUGAGGAGCAACUGUGUUCAGUAACAGUAGCUGCAUUCAGUACUACAGUGCUGGCAACUGAAAUCCCACCCCCUCAGCCUGGGCGGUGCGUUCGCUUUCUAGCGGCCUCUAUUUCGUAGUGUUACGAUGUGAGCGCUUGAGAUUGUGGUGCCGAUUUUUUCUGUUGACACGUUUGCCCCUUUGUCACCCCGUGCAUUUGCUGACACAACCGUAUGUCGAUGUUCACAAGCAGUUUUAUCAUCACCCCCAUAUAAUUCACACGCGUGUAUGCACACACAUGCUCGCACGCGCACAAACUUGUGCACUCCUUUUUUGUAUUGCUCAAUUACUCUGUGCCACUAACGCCAGGUUUUGAUACCUGUGUUUUUUUUGUAUUCAACUGCUGCUGCUGCAUCACCGCUUGCUUAUUUAUUGACUCAGGUCGCUACUUUACCGGAUUGAAACCUUGAAUUUUAUCAUGCUGAAACACUGAUGUGCAGAUUGUUGGGUUAUGACACAGUGUUGGCUGAUACCCCACAUCAAUGACAUGUGCACACGGUGUUGGCUGAUACCCC